CAAGAUAUUAUCUAAUGGCAUUAAUAAUUAUGUAAUUUAAAACUGGUGAUUUUUUUGAGUUUCAAGCCAAGCUAAGGUUCAAAUCUCCCGAUCUGGCAACCCCGUGUUUAAUCACAUGACUCCAUGUCUUCGCAACUUGUUCAGCUAGCUAGCUAAUGCUUUUCCCCCCUUUUCUUUUCCGCAUUAAUAAACACAGCUGUAUGAUGGAUAGCUGAGGAUUUUAUUAUACAUUUUCUCAUCUCAGGUGAUAUGUCAGGUUAGUUAUGAGUUUUCUUGUUUGUUGUUGUGCUUGUUUACGGUGUAAUGUAGAAUAUACGCACGCUCAUUCCUGCAUAUUGUACGUUAAGGUCAUCUUCCUACAGAGUUUUCAGAGAUUAAGUUUCUUAAUCUAACUCCGUAUAAUAAGUGAGUCUGAUUAUAUGGAUCAGGGUUGUAUGUGAGUUUUAUCAGAUGAUAACUUGGAUCUCCAGGAUGUAGAUCAGUGAGCUAGUCAAUGCUGGAAUGUUCAUUUUCUGCUGCUUAAAAUAUAAAGCUACUUUGAUAUCCGCUAGAUCCCGUCAAAUAAAAUCUAGAUCUAGAAAUAAAGUGAUCAACUCAGUAUUUCAGUUUUUAGAGACCCAUAUGGACUAGCUCAUGUAGUUAGCUAGCUAUGUGCGUUAGGUGUUGUCCAAGGCCGCGGUGUGGGAUCAGACAGUAAGAAAGUUCUCUCACCAACAUCAGACUGUCCUGCUGUAGUGACUCGCACACAGACUCGGCUUCAGGAUGUUCUUCAGGAUAAUCAUUUGUGUGAUCAGAGGUUUGUCAAGGAGAAAGACUGCCGCCCAGACCCGACUAUGCUGAUUACCUCAACAUUACUGACUAUUUACACAUGCAGCAUGAUAAACCUACUGCAUACACAGCUUUCCUGUUUCAGUAUACAGGAUCUGCUAUUUAUCAAGUCCUUCAUUAACUGGCUCAGGUGAAAUUCAGCACCAUGUCUGUGGAUGGCUCCCGGACGUCAGUAUUUACCUUCCAGUCAGCUGUACACAGUAUGCAUGUCCUCCGCUGCCUGGAUGAGCAGAGACAGAAAGACAUCUUGUGUGAUGUGACAGUGGAAGUGGAGAGCAGGAGCUUUCGAGCCCACUGCUCAGUACUGGCUUGCUGCAGCGCCUAUUUUUACACCAGACUCCUAAACCACACGGGAUGGAACUCGGUCAUCACUCUGCCUGAGGAAAUCACAGUAGAGGGCUUUGUGCCUUUGCUGCAGUUUGCUUAUACUGCAAAACUUCACUUCACCAAAGAAAACAUCCAGGAAAUUCACAGAUGUGCUGAGCUGUUGGGAUUUCACAAUCUUGACAAAGCGUGCUUUGAGUUCCUCAUUCCGAAGUUCUCUGAUGGCAGCGAUACUACUCAGGAAGCCAAGAGGAAGAGCAAAAACAGAAGCAAGAUCAUAAACAGCAAUGAAAAAUCGCCAGCUGCCAACGAAGCCUGUGAUCAUAUUGACGAACAAUGCACUAAUACUGAAGGAGAUGGUGUAGCUCUGGUUUCUGGAGCUCAAACGGUACAGAAUGUAUCACCUCAUGAUACAGAGUGUCCUAAUGAAAGGCCUUCUGUCACCUCUGAUAAGAAUAUUUUAGAUUUACCUUCAGUCUCAUUCCAGUCUGCUACUGACCACCAAACAGAACUGUGUUUACAGAACUGUGGGCCACAGCUGGUGCCAUCUUCAUCCAUACCUACUGGUGAAGUGUGUCCCUUUCUUUCAAUGCCAUGUAGCACUGAGAAUGACAAUGUGCAUCCUGUCACAGCUGGCUGUGACGGUGGCAUUUUGAAUAGACUGGCAAUGGAUGAUGUUCAAGGUGAAUGUCUAAACAUGCCAAACGUUGCUGAGGGCCAAAUUGAACAGCCUGUAAGAGAUUUAGAGCCAACGUCGGACUGCAGCCAGUUAUGUCCCCUGUCCUCCAGGGAAACAAGUGAAGUCUUGGACAGCAUUGCAUCAGUGAGCAACUUGGAGAACAUCGAGAGCACCACCACAGAGAAUUUUGACCCCCCUGAGCAAAUAUUCCCCAACCCAGCACACAGCAAUGGCUCCACAGAGAGAAGCACAGUAGAGAGAGAGGUGGCUGAGCAUCUGGCAAAAGGGUUCUGGCCAGACAUGAGUUCCUCUUUGACAGAGACUCCGGAGCACAUGGAGCAGGGAGCUGCUGGAAAUGGCUCUGACUUCCACUGGCUCAAACACCUGGAUUUAGGUGCUGCACCUGAUGAUUGCCCUUUCCUUAGAGACUUAAACUCCACGGAGGACCCGCCCUCAUUGAAUAACAGUCCAUCCAGAGAACCAAGCAGAGAGAGUCCCUUUGUGUCUCCUAUAAACUCUGGCGACACUUCUGAAUGUGAGCACGAGGCCGACUCUGUGGUUAGCAGUGAGCAAGCAUGUGAGGUAGACUUGCCGUUCCCCGUUGAGCAAAUCCCGAGCAUGAGCAGGCGAGCUUUCCUGCAGAUUCUGAAGGAGCAGAGUCUCACGCCAGAACAGCUGGAAUUUGUACAAGACGUUCGGAGGAGAAGCAAAAACCGCAUGGCUGCCCAGCGUAGCCGGAAGAGAAAGCUAGACUGCAUCUACAAGCUCGAGGGGGACAUCAAGAAACUGAGGAUUCAGAAGGAGAAGUUGCUGCAAGAACGUAACCAGCUGAAGCAGAGUAUGGAGGAGACACAGCAAUCUCUCUCAGGUCUGUGUGAGAGUGUGUGUACUAAAUCCUCAAUGCAGCCAGAGCAGCUGCACGUCUUAGCCAGGUAUCUGUCCCCAGACUCGCCCAGCUCGGUGCUCCUCACACCCACUGCCUCCCCAAAUCUGCCCUGCCUCGAGGCCUGGAGCAGCGAGCCAACUCAGCCUGACUGCGCUCAAGCUAAUGGAACAGCUAAUAAUAAUGAUAAUGAUAAUAAUAAUAAUAAUAAUAAUGCUGGCACUGUUCCAAAGCCCAAUGAUUAUUCACAAACAUAAUCAUGAUAAUCAAGUAAUACAAGCAACCAAUACAAGCAAAUACAAUACAGGACACGGGCACACAAAGUUGGAUUGCAAACGGAUGUAACAGAAGUUCCUGUAAAUAAUUUUCACAUUUUUAGUAUUUGGAUUUUUAUUAAUUGAGCUGAUUAUGAAAAGCAGGCUUGAAAAGCAGCUGUAUAAGGUUAAUUAUUUCUCUGGGUGUAAGCAUUUGAAGCCUAACUGCCAAUUUGUAUGUAGUGUAGUCCUUAACAAAAUAGCAUUGACUGUUUACAUGCACAUCAAUAUUCCUAUAUUAAUCGGAACUUGGCAAUAUUUUAAUUACUAUUGGGUCAUGUAAACACAGCAAUCUGAGUGCCCGAUUCAGAUUAAGACAGCGUUCUGAUUCCCACCCUUGAAACAUGCCUGUUUUCAUUUGAAAUUUAUUGCAUGUAAGCACCUUAUUCAGAAGAUCCAGAGAAAGUAGAUAUACACACAUGCUCAGUUCGCAAGGAAUUGUGGGUGCUAACAGAUGCUUAGCUGCAGGCUAGGUUUGUAAUAAUGACAACACGGGCAUACUUACAACAAACACGUAUGCAGGAAUAUUCCGAUGCUUGUAUGCAUAUAAACAUCGUAAACAUCAUAUGGCUGCAACCUGAAUUUAGACCUUAAUCAUAAUUUUAUGUGCAUGUAAACGUAGUCGUUGAGCAAGAACGAUGAAAUGAAAUCCCAUACAUUGGGGUCAUCAGCUUGUGAGCUGCGGUCUGCAGUCUAGUUGUGGCUCCAGCAAAGUAUUUCAUCGGCUCAAACCGAGCAUUAAAAAAAUAAUAAUACUGUACGUAUUUUUAAAAAAAAUUAUAAUAAUAACAAUAAUUGGCCAUUGUUCAGUGACUCCAGUUUGCUAAAUCUGAACCGUCACAGCUUCUGUAUCAAAUGUGAUAUGAUGAAGAGCCACUAUGAGGCAAAACAUAACCACUUCAAAUUGACGCAUCUUAUUUAUAGACAGAACCUACACACUAAUGGGUAAUUAUUACCAGGUAAUUAUUGAAAGCAUUCAGUCAUGUUAGUUGCUUAUCCAAUCCUUUGUAAACAAGGAAUUUUAGUUGAAUACCCAUGCCUUAUAAUCAAAACACUGCUUUGUGUGGAAGAAUAGGACUUAAGCAUAAUUUCAUAUGAAUUGCCUUUUGCGUGCAGUAAUAGGAAAAUCUUUACGCUCAUUGCCUUUUCUUUUCUGUAGUUUUGAAAUUUAUCAUUUAUCCACACCGCUGUGCAAAUUUUAUUUUAUGCACAGCAGAAGAAGGAUAGAGUAAAUAAACCAAAUAUUCCUGUUUGAGUUUAAUCUUGAUAACCAGGAUAAGGCAGUUGCUAAGCCGGUUAAUUUCAACUCGGGUUUAAGCUAUAUGUGUUCACUGUUCAGUGGCAAAUAGUCAGUUGGCAGCGUAAUAACGACAUUCUACAGUACACUGCUCAUGUUGAGUAGAGCUGUGCUUCAAAUAAUAGUUUUUAGCAUUUUAGACAAGAUGUUUCGGAAAAUGAGAUGCAUAGAUUUCGCAAAAGCUGUAAGAAAAAUCACAGACCCCCUCGGUACAGACUGAUUUUACAAACAUACCAUUUUAAACCAAUUAGGCACGUUAUUUAAAUGUCUACAAUAAUAGUUUUUAAAAAUUAUUAUUAUUUCUGGUUUAUCUACCCAUAGAACCCAUUUUUCUUAACAACUGUAAUAAAAAGAAAAAUAAAGCAUGGACCCCCUGGGUAUGGUACACAGAUGCACUUUGAGAACCACAGAGUUCCACUCUAAUGCAAAAAGGAUGGAGUUGCUUUUGCACUGUUUAUAUGGUUUAUACCUGCCUUUUGUGAUGUUCAGCACCAUUGAAUGUCAUUAGAUUACUAGAGUAAUUGAUUUAAUAUAACUUGAUAAGAAAAUAACUAAAUAGUAUGAAAACAAUAGUGGCUGGUUUUCUCUUUAAUUACAUGACUCUUUUGCUUGUAUUCGAUUGGAUAAGAAGCAGAUUGCUUGUACUCAGUUAUGCAACACCAAGUUUGGUCUGGAGAGUGACUGUAGCCUCUGUCGUGAUAGUAAGAGGUAAACUUCACUUUACCCCAAAAAUCAUAAUCUGUAUGUUUUUUUUUAUUCCUGUGAAUUAAAAUGCAGUAGCUGGAAAGGCAUAAUAAUCAUAAUGAGCUGAAUCUACUGCCAGGGUGUAUACAGUGUAGUCCUUAUCAAACCUUCCAUCAGCAUUCUAUGACUGAUCAAAAGAAAGAUUAAUUGAAAUCCCAUAUAAUGUUGCAGAAUUUAAACAUUGUUUCAUAUGAAUUGCCUUUCAUGUGCAAUAAUAGGACCACCUGUCAUGAAUAAUAAUCAUCAACCGUAACAAGCUUAAUUUGUCUUUUUUCCUUUUUACUGAAAAGAAGGUAUAAUGAUGUAAUGUUCACUGCCACUGUACUAAAUUCACCCAUGAUUUAAAUUUAAGCCAAUACAUCCUAGUACUUUAGUGGUCCAACCUGUAAUUCUCACUCAGGAGUAAAUGUUUUGGUUGUGUAAUUCUGAAUAUAAUUUUACUUUAGUUCUUUCUUUACUUUUUCAUAAUGUUUAUGAAUAAAUGUAUAGAACUAAAUUUGCACUGUUAGUAAACAUUUCAUAUGAAAUUUUAGCAUGGCUUAAUAAUUGAUAUUUGUAUUAUUCCUGUUGCAAGAUGUGCAUGAGCCAAAUCAUAUUCAAAAGUAAGGAUUCUUAAUUAUCUAAGAGUCUUCUUUACAAUUUAGAAAUCGUAGUAUUCUCGACACAUUCACCUUAUGCACUUUGUUAUACUGUACAGUAAUUACAUUGCUUUUAAUUAUGCUUGAUUUUUGAUUGUCAUAAUGUAAUGUAAUUCAAAUGUAGCACAAUAGACACAGCAUUAAAAGCAUAACACGAAAUCUAAAUAUAGUGCACAUAUGUGCUGAUAUACUCAUAUUAACAGAGGGAAUUGUUACAGGCUCUAAAAUAACUGCCAUGUAUUAUUAGGUGCUUAUGAGUGAGCCGUUUGUAAAUGGCUUGUAGUCAAUAAAAUCAAACCUGUAAAACACUUUGUUUUCUCUUGUUUCUUCUGCUGUUUCCAUAGUUUACAAUGUUAUAGUAAAGGAAAAAGACACACACAGGGUGUAAUCUGGGAAUAGCCCCUGGAUGAGACGCCAGUCGAUCACAGAACUCCAAACACACAUUAACAUUCAUUCUCACCUAGCGGCAAUCCACACAUUGGCAUGUGGUUUUUGGGAUAUGGGAGGAAACCCAAGCAGAGACCAUGUGAAACUGCACACAGACAGUAACCCGAACCCAGAAAUUACACAAAGAUAAUUUGUAAAUAUUAACAUUUGUUUAUAUCAUGGUGUCAUUUCCACAGUCAGGAAUUGGCAAAACAUGUGCAGUGUCACUAUUUGGCAUUUGGCAUUUUGCAUUUGGUAGUGUAUCCCUUUUUAGAAAUUGUCUUGGAGAAGUUUGGAGGGAAAAAAAAAACCUUAAUAAAUAAUAAUAAUAAUAAAAAAGACAUCACUUGGACACAGUUAUGUUCAUUUGGAAACUGUCACUGGUUGCAUCAGUUGAUGAUUUUUACCAGGCUGCUGCAGAAUGUUGUAAAUAAGUAACUUGCAAAACAGUAUAAAAAAACAGAAUUUUUAAACCCAUAGA